AUGUACAAAUCUUAUGGAGAAAGAGCGAAGUCUCACCCAUCAAAGGUGGCCAGCAGACUACUUAAUUUGAUGGAAUCCAAGCAAACAAACCUCUGCGCUUCUGUGGAUGUGACUAAAACUCAGGAAUUAUUGGAGCUCCUUGAUAAAUUGGGCCCUUACAUCUGCCUUGUCAAAACUCACAUCGACAUAGUAGAGGACUUCUCUUAUGAACACACCAUAUUACCUUUACAAGGACUUGCAAAGAAACACAAUUUCAUGAUUUUUGAAGACAGAAAGUUUGCUGAUAUAGGAAACACGGUCAAACUACAGUAUAAGGGAGGAAUUUAUCGAACAUCCAAAUGGGCCGAUAUCACGAAUGCACAUGGAGUGACUGGCGCAGGAAUUGUUGAAGGUCUUAAACAGGCAGCAGAAGAAAGUACAGAUGAGCCACGUGGGCUUCUGAUGCUUGCUGAGCUCUCUUCAAAAGGAUCAUUAGCUUACGGUGAGUAUACUCAAAAAACUGUGGAAAUAGCGAAAAGCGAUAAAGAAUUUGUCAUUGGAUUUAUUGCACAGAGAGACAUGGGAGGCCGUGAAGAAGGCUUUGACUGGCUGAUUAUGACUCCUGGAGUUGGAUUAGAUGAUAAAGGUGAUUCUCUAGGCCAACAGUAUAGAACUGUUGAUGAAGUGAUACAAACAGGAACCGAUGUCAUUAUCGUCGGAAGAGGUUUAUUCGGUAAAGGAAGAGAUCCUGAGGUGGAAGGGAAGAGAUACAGAAAAGCUGGGUGGGAAGCUUACAAGCGGCGCAGUGCCUAA